CCUGCCGCAAGGAUGCCAGUGAACGUUGCUCCGCCGCCGUUGUCGGAGAAAUCAGUAACAGGGGAAACACCGAAGCAACGGGGAAAGGGAAAGUGCCAUCAGUACCAAUACAAAUACAAAUACCAACACGAACAUCGUCACAUCGCAUUGUGCCACAUUUAAAAAUGAAAACAGACGAAGGAAUGAAGUGAAGGCACAAGCCAAAAGCCGUUUAAUAACUAAAUCCCACGGAGCCAUCGUUGGUCACGUUCCGAGACGGAUACACAAAAUGCCUCUCUCCGCGUAUCCUUCGUAUCGUAUCGGUGUAUGUGCCAGCGUGUGUGUUUGUGUCUGUGUGGUGAUUCCCCUCAGUGAUUCAGUGUGAGUGUGCAUACCUAUAGGGCUCUGGCUGGCACCUAAUGUGGCCAACAUACACACAUACAUUGGCGAAUAAAAUAAUACAAAGCCCUCGUCCUUGUCGCUCGCCUCGCUUUCCUUGUGUGCGUGUGCCCGUGUCCGUGUCCGUGUCCAUGGAUCCAUGGGUCCUUGUGUCCAUGUGUCAACUUCCGCCGCCGAACGGAUAUAUUUUCGAAAUCCGCGCUAUUAAGCCACGCACCCAUUAAGCCAGUAAGCCAGACCAAAAAUAAACCUAGCCAAAGGCCUGCCACAUUUCUUUUGCUGGGACAUUGUUGGAUUGAUGGAUUGAUUGGUGAAUUGUGACAUUGUCGAAACGAUUGGUGAAUUGUGGCAUUGUUGAAUGCCUGGUUAUUGUGCAACUGUUGAAUGAGCAAUGCUAGCAGAGCCGCCUAAUUAUUGCGCAUUGCGCAAUCGAAUUGAAAGUCAAAGCCCCAAAACGAGUGUAACGCAGUAGAAACCACCUCAAGGAUUGGCCAUCAAAGGCAGCUCAGCUGGAUUCCGGAUAGGAUGACGUUGGUGUCAUUUGGAAGUCAUUGCGGAGACCCAAUUAUUAAACCUUAAACCGUAAACGGAGCAAAUACAACAGCAGGCCCAAGCCGGAGGAGGACUCUUUGGACUUCUCAUCAGAGUAGCAGCAGCAGCAGUCCGAGUGGAGAGCAUAAAACAUGUGGACAACGGACUGCCCAAGAGCGUUGAAAGCGAUUUGCCUGGUACCGCUGUGGCUGGUCCUGCUCCUCGAUUGCGGCUUGGUCAGCGGCGAGGUGCCACCGCACUACUGGGAGACGCCGUAUUCUCAGCCGUACUUCGACAACUCCUCGAGGCGCGAGGUCACCGCAACCGUGGGUCAGGCGGCCCUGCUGCAUUGCCGGGUACGGAAUCUGGGCGAUCGAGCGGUGUCCUGGAUAAGGAAGCGCGACCUACACAUUCUUACGGUGGGCAUACUGACCUAUACAAAUGACCAGCGCUUCCAGUCGCUGCACUCCGAGGGAUCCGACGAGUGGACAUUGCGCAUCUCAUCGCCACAGCCCCGGGAUUCGGGUACCUACGAAUGCCAGGUGUCCACCGAGCCGAAGAUCAGCCAGGGAUUCCGCCUCAACGUAGUGGUGUCGCGGGCCAAGAUCCUGGGCAACGCGGAGCUCUUCAUCAAGAGCGGCAGCGACAUCAAUCUCACCUGCCUGGCGAUGCAGUCGCCGGUGCCGCCAUCGUUCAUCUACUGGUACAAGGGCAAGCGGGUCAUGAAUUACUCGCAGCGCGGUGGCAUCAACGUCAUCACGGAGCGUUCCACACGGACCAGCAAGCUGCUCAUAGCCAAGGCCACGCCGGCUGAUUCGGGCAACUACACGUGCUCUCCAAGCAGCUCAGAUUCCGCUUCAGUGGUGGUGCACGUCAUCAACGGGGAACAUCCGGCCGCCAUGCAGCACGGCAACAGCAGCGCCAACUGCCUGCGCCCCCAUACAGCCACUUCCGUGCCUUACGUCCUUGCCACCAGGAUGUCGAUGACGGUGGCGGCUAUAGCCUGGAACUGCAACUUCAAUGGCAAUUGGAACUGGAGCCCCGAUUGGCGCUGGCACUGGAAUUGGAAUUGGAGCAACAUGGCCGCCGGUGUAAUGGGCUUAUGGAGCUGGAGCUGAUGCGGCGGCAACAACAUGGGAAGGGUGCCUCCAGUCGAAACUCUAAACGCUGAGCAACAGUCCCGGCCAAGUUGGGACUGAACCGCUCCUCCCCAGGUGCAUUUAAUGAGGGCGGAGGAGCGUCUUACGAACUAGUGUACAUAUACAGUGUGUCCUUUAACGAGUAUUAUCUAUAAGACAACCCCGAGCAGGCAGGCAGUAUUAUGAGAAUGAAAACCUUUUAAUCAACCACAGUCAACCGGAAAAGUCCAGGCAACCAAGCACUAUCCAUAAUAUCUACGAAAAUUAACGAAAAAAACAAAAACCAAAAAAGAGGACAACAGCUGUUUGGCAUUCAUUCGAAACUUAGCUGUGUUGUCAUUGUAUUUGAUUUAAAAUUCAUUUCGUUUUAUACACAGGGUUAUAAUUACUACAAAACCGGCCAAAAAGUCAACAAUUAUAGAAAACCUUUGGGUUUACAUUUUCAGUUUUGGGUUCAUUGAAGCCGAAAUGUCCGAUUGUAUAUACAAUACACCAAACAUAAAUAUUUUAGGCCCUACCUCGAUUGUUUAUUUAUUUAUACCAAAAUCAUACACCCAGCACCAGGAGGAGUAAGAUAGAAGAAGAUAUAUUAUGGGGGAAGGGUAAAACCACCCGGCUAUAUAUAUAUAGAUGGUUAUUCAGUGUAUAUGGAUAAGUUUUUAUCUGGUUGUCAGCCGCAAAAUUGUUCUACGUAGUCCAUCAUCUAGUUACUGUGUAAAAUAUUCAUACUUGAUAAUUGUACAUUUAGAGGUCGGUUUUAAGCGGUCUUGAUAAGACUUUUAAGCAGUAAGAGCGACCAGGUCGAACAUAUUCGAUCUCGGUUCAACCAAAAACAAAAAACAAAACCAAAAAAAAAAAAAAAGAAAUAGUAAAUGAAAUUACAGAAAUUAUAUUAAACUAACGAAAAUGGUAAAUGAAAGCUAACCUAAGCAGAGUCAAGUAUGUUUUUCUGUUUAAACAAUGCUAAAAAAUAAACGAACAAUGUUUCUCCAUAAUAAAUGAAAAUAUGGUUAUGGUUAAAAGAAAAACUAUUCAUCGAGUGUUCGUUCGUUCUCACUAAACGGUUU